ACUCCGGCAGUGAGCUUUCAGUUGUGCGAAAGCUCCGUCACAACGGUCGCUCUUAUUGUCCGGUAAAGACGUUCCCGGUGAAUAAAUUGUUGACUUUUCGGCAUUUCCUCCGUAUCAUCCGUGUGGGGUACACUGACUUGCUGGUCCUCCUCACAUUGAACACUUGACAGUUGAUCUUUUCCGCGUGAAGAAGUGUUAAACAUUCGGAAGUUUUGCUCUGAACUUUUUUUCUUUUUCAAAGAAGGAAAAAAUGGCUAAUUUUAUGUGGUGGAUUUUACUGAUUUUUGGCACAAACCUCAAUACGCAAGGGACCGUGGAAGGUCGUGCGGUAAAUAUUAGCAACACUUGGACACUGCCUCAGGAGGGCUUCUCCGUAUUCUACCGCUUCUUCCGGGACAAAAUCUCAUGGUUUGAAGCUGAUGCAGUUUGCCAAUUUCAUCAUGCCAAUCUUGUCACAGUUGACAAUGGACUUCAAUUUGAUGCAGCUCGUGCUUUUCUCAAGGAGCUCGAUGUCAGUGAACCCGUUUGGAUUGGCUUAAUGCGUCCCCAAAAUUCCGAUAGAUUCGUCUGGACAAAUGCAAAGCCUCUCGUACCAACAUCCGGCUACUGGGCGGAAUCCCUGCCAGCGAUUGAUUCGCCACUUUGUGCUGUUAUUGAUCCACUUCGAGACUUUCGAUGGCAUGCCCUCCGUUGUGGUGGCCCCGAGACUGCAGCAUUUUUAUGCGAACUCAGCGUACCAAGCUGGGCAUCCGAUUGCGCAAUCACAGCAAUGCCAUCGCUCACGAUCCAGUACAUGUCGGACAGCGGCACAGUCCAAUUAUCCCGUGACUGUGGCGACGAGGGAGGGCGUCAUAUGACGUGCAAAGGAAAGCAGGAUAGGGAUACAAUCCUCAAGCAAUUAAUAUGUACGGAUGAGAAUGCGGCGGAGAUGUCCGUGAAUAAUCUAAUUAUGCCGGAGGAUAAUGUCUCGGCGGCAAAGUCGAUUAAUCAUGAAGUGACAUCGGCAAAGGAGAUGGAAAAUGCAGAGUCAGAUAACACCGAAGACAACAACAUCGACGUGAUUAGGGGGGACAUUGCGACGGGUAAUGAUAAUAGCCUCGUUAAGAUCACCCUCGAGGAUCUAAUGGUGGGUGAUCAACCAAUUGAUGAGCCCCAAACCCUCCUCACGGAUGAAGUGACCAAAACACCGUCACAGAAGAAAGUCCUGGCGAUGAAUAAGAAGCCCUACAGUGGGAAAAGAAUGCGCGGCAGGAACCCCUUGGAUGACAUGAUGAUGGGUGAUCAACCAAUGGCAGAGCUAACAACCCCCGAGGUUUUACCGCAUGUAAAGAAAAUGCUUAAGCAAGAUCUUAAGGCUGAUGAAACGAGUCUUCCCCCCUAUCCAUCAGCAGAUGAUUCGGGAAAAAUUGUAGCUCCAUCGACUUUUAUUCCAUCAUCGGAGAUUGUCAGUGAUUCAACUUCCAGUGUUAUCCUCUCCACAACAACCCUGGCUACAUCUUUAGAACCCCACAGGGAGACAUCAACGGAGACACCACCAGCUGAGGAAACAUCCACAACUGAACAUGAGGCAAUAUUGUCCAUAACAAAUGAAAUUAUUCCAGCUGCCCCCGUGUACACGGAUGAGGGUACAGGGAAGAAUAUCAUCCAUCCAAUGCACAUCUCAUCGGAUUCCUCAAAACAAGCCAGUGGCUUUGUGAAGCCCCUCCAUCGGAAGGACAAUUCCCAACAAGUAUCAGCAGAUGAUCAUUUUAUCCCACCCAUGCUACUCGUAAAGGCCAAAUUCACUGCAAUGCCGCCAAAAUCUCACUUUGAACUCGCCACUGAAUCCACCACUAGUUCUGUAACGAACUUUUCCGAGGCAAGUGAAGUGAGGGAAACUUCCGAAGAGAUGCCAGAUGGGAAGAAAAAUUCAACAGAAGCAGAAAAUCGGGAUGAUUCCUCCACAUCUGGUGAUUUACCAUCUUCAUCACCAACGGUCUCACCGCCCGUGAACAAUGGCGCAAUCACCGACAAGUCGGAAUUAAUUCAGGAAGUCACCUCAUCACCACCAUCUCCUUCCCAGCACAGGGAGCCAUCCGUGGCACCAUCUGGUCCCACUGGGAGUGAUGGUGAGAGUGGUCGCGAUGGCAUCACGGAGGAUGCGAGUGCCGACACAACGCAUGGUGACAAAUCAACUUCCACGGCGACGGUGCAGGAGACAACACUCUCCCCAUCGAGCAGCAACUACCUUCUCGCCCAGCGACGUCUUGACUACGAGAAUAGUUUCUCCAACAUCGAAAAUUACCAUCCCUACCGGCCAAAUCGUCGGCGAUCUCUCACAAAACCCGACUCAGUGUCAUACUUGAAGAAGAUCCUCGGCUAAGGACCUGUGUGUAUCGCCUGUGAGGGAGCGAUUGUAAAAAGAAGGUAAGAGAAAAUAAUAAAAAAAAAUAAUGGGUGGUAGUGAAACGCGGGGGAGAGAAGAAGCGCGAAACGUGGAGAAAAGAAGAAGAAAUAAAAUACCCCAUAAUUGUAGGAAAUUUAAUAAAUUUUUGUCAAUUUCUCCACAAUCGAUUUAUCACCGAUGAUGGUCCUCCCCCCCUCGCAAAAGAAAUUUUCUAGAGACAACGCAACAUUUCUAUAUUAUAAUUAAAAAAAAUAAUACUUAAAUAUAUUUAUCAAAAAAAAAGAGAAAGAAGAUCAAUAGAGAGAAAAAUUGCCAAAAAAAACUGUAAGAAAGUACUAAUUACGUAAUUAAUUGAACGAGAAAAAGGAGAACACCAAUUAAGAAGAGAAAAUGAUGGGCAAAUAAAAUAUUAAAAUAUAGCAUUCACACACACACUCUGAGUCUGAAAAAACGACCCAAAUCCCCUCGAAAAGCCUCAAAUUUUGCGCUAGAAUGAAAGAGAACAAGACACUGGACAUACGCUCCUGAUGGGUAGUCGGGCACAUCUUGAAGAAAAUUUAUUGGGAAUUUUUCUUUAAGAAUUGGGCUUGUUUAAGAUCAAAUUUUUAUAAUUAUUUGAUAUUAAAAUAUUUAAAUUAAACACAAAAACAUAUUUUUCAAUCAGUUUUAUUUUUUUGGGUUCUAAAGAUAAUUAUUCUAGACUGGACAGUAAAAAUGUUUAGUUUGAAUUAUUCUUUAAAAAUUAAUCAGAUAAAUUGUUUCUUCAAUCAAGAAAUUAGGAUCUUGAAAUCUUUAUUCCAAAAUUUGAAUUUUAGUUUAAGUUGAAAGCUUUAAAAUUGAUUAAAAAUAAGGAAAAAUUAAAAAAAAAAAUCUUUUAAUUAACUAAUAAAUAUACAUAUAAUACAGAAUUAAGGAAAUAACUAAUUUAUAAAUAAUCAAUAUGUUAAAACCGUUAAAACAGAUUUUGAAAUAAAAUCUUUUUCAAGUCUACAAAAUUUUGAAUUUUCUUAAUUUCAAUUUUUCUUUUAAAAAAUCAUUUAAAAGACUAAAAAUUCUUUAAAAUUAAUUUUAUUUUUUUUUUCUAAUCCAAAAACUCUUCAAAUCAAAAACCUGAUGAAGUAGACAAUCAUCUGCGAAACAUCGAACACUUAAAAGCUUUCUUUUUAGGCUUUAAUUUCCACACAAACAAAAUUGAAUUCUUAAAGAAAAACUUCAAUUUUAAAACAUUUUUCCUAAGAAUUUUAUUUCUAACAAAAAGAAUUAAAAUUUUGUAAAUAUUUGUGCCACUUUUACUCCUCAGGAGCAACUACAUAGCACAGUGAAGUUGCAAAAAGAAAAUUUUUAAUAAGCGAAAGUAAAUAUUUAAGAGAGUAGGACAUGAGGAUGAAAAAUUACAAAAAUAUGAUUAAUUGUAUUUAGACAAGUUUUAGCUUUCUAUAUAGAUUUCAAUGGAACGUAUUAAAAUCAACCCUCUUUAUAUUAGAAUAAAUACUCCGCGCUGAUCCUCUUUCGUGACAAGUUGAGAGACACCCAGAAAAUUCGGGGGAAAUGUGGGUGCCCACCCACCCCCCCAAAAAAAAAAAAUAAAAUGUAUUAAAGUGAAAAAAAAAAAGAUAAACCCCAGUGGAUGAGUUUUAGGGGAAAUAACAGCAAGAGCAAGUCACGAGGGGGAUGGUAUUUUAUGUAAAAACUUUUCCUGUCUUUCCUUUUGUUUAGGAGAUAGGCGUUGUUUUUUUUUCUUUGUUGUUAAUAAAAUCGUCAAAACAACAUUUCCGCAAAAUCACACACAGUUCGCGCGCUUUUCACUUUUUCCACUCAUUUCGUUUUUUUUUCUUUCGUCUUUUUCUGUGUCUUUGUUAAACCUCCCCCAAACAGUCACCCACCAGUGCAGAUUAAUACCAUUCAUCGCCGAAAGACAAUGGUGAGGAAGAUCUCUGCUGGAUUGAGGCGAAAUCUCGACCAACAGAUUCUCCUUCCUUGAUACAAAAUGCACGAAUUUUCUUCUUCAAACCACCCACCACCCCUCCCAUUCGUACAUAAUCUCUUCAGCCAAUUGGUCUCACACCCCCACACAAGGGGUGUUUAUCUGAGUGAAAAUAUUCGAAUUAUUCGUCGAGAUUCGGUUUAUUCGUUAAGAUUUAGAUUAUUCCAAGAGACUUUGAUUAUUCGUAAAGAUUCAGAUUUUUCGGAUGAUUUGCCAAUUAGAUUCGGACUAUUCGGUAAAAUACGGAGUAUUCGUUGAGUUUUGGAUUAUUCGUCAAAAUUCAGAAUUCGUCAAGAUUCAUAUUAUACAUCAAGGAUAUUCAGAUUAUUUUCAAAAUUCUAACUAUUCGCAAAGAAAAUUCUGAUUAUUCGUCAAGAUUCUGAAUAUUCACCAUAAUUCGGAUUAUUCUUCGAGAAGAUUCAGACUAUUUGCUAAGAUUAAGAUUAUUCGUUAGGGAAAUUAGGAUUUUUCGUCAAAAUUCAGAUUAUUCGUUAAGAUUCAGAUAAUUCGUUAAAAUUCAGAUAAUUUGUUAAAAUUCAGAUUAUUCGUUAAGAUUCAGAAAAUUUGUUAAAAUUCAGAUUAUUCGUUAAGAUUCAGAAAAUUCGUUAAAAUUCAGAUAUUGUUAAAAUUCAGAUUAUUCGUCAAAAUUCAGAUUAUUCGUUAAGAUUCAGAUAAUUCGUUAAAAUUCAGAUAAUUUGUUAAAAUUCAGAUUAUUCGUUAAGAUUCAGAAAAUUCGUUAAAAUUCGUUGAGAUUUAAAUUAUUCGUAAAAAUUCGGAUUAUUCUAAAAAUUCGAACUAUUCGUCAAGAAAACUCAGAUUGUUCGUUGAGAUUCGGAUUAUUCGGCAAGAUUUAGAUGAUUCGGUAAAAUUAAUCGAAAUAUUCGACAGAUAAACACCCUUUGUCCUCACAUUCCCCCUCUAUGUUGCUCUUGAAACUGGUGCGGAAUGAAAUAAAACACAAAAUGAUGUGACAUGAUAAAAUAAAAUAAAAACGUGGAAACUUUAUGACCGACAAACGCAGUGAAAAAACUUUUCCGCUCAUUAGUCGUGGAAACUUUUUCCCCAAACCACCAUCACCCUCCCACCCAUCCAUGGGGUUGGUUUGCUACAUACAACAUAGAAGAGGAAGAAAAAUGAAAAUUUCUGUCCCAAAAAUCAUCCACCUCUCACACACACACAGCCAAAGGAAGAGCCCACAAACUAAACUUUUCCUGCCUUUUCACACGGCAAAAAAAAGCAAAAACUUUAUCCUCCCCCACACACUACCCCCUUUUCCCCUAACAAAUCCCUCCCCAAAACUGAAACACGUGCGAUGAUACUUGAAAAGAAUAUAAUUUUGUGCAAAACUUCCCUAAAAAAAAAGACGAAGAAGUUUUCUCAAAAGUUGUGGUUGCAGGGCGAGAAUAUAGGUUGCAUAAGAUAUAUACAUAGUAAGAAUUAAUAAAAGAAAAAAAAGACAAGUAAAUAUAGGGAGCAAUUUUGGACAAAAUAAAAUAUAUUUUGUCUUUUGUGAAGUCUACAAAAGACAUUUUAUGAAGAGCAAUUUUGAAUAAAAUAUCUUUUGGGAGACUUUUGAUAUAUUUUGUCGUCUUUUGUGACGUGUUUUUUCUUUCGAGUGGAGAGUUUCAGAUGGAAAAAAUAAGAAGAAGAUAACAUUCCUAUUAGGUUAUGUUUACGUUUGGGGCAAUUGAACAAUCUGAACUGAAUUAAUUUUUAGGGAAAUUAAGUCAAGCAUGCGUGUAGUCUAUUUGGUACCCUAAGGAUGUUGGGAAGAUCAAAAAACCAUCUGGCUUUAACUCAUCAGUUCGAUUUUCAUUACACCAAGAAAAUGUUAAUGAGUCACUCUGAUAUGAUUCUCUUUUACAUGAAUUGAUUGACUCAUAUUUUAUUGCAUUAAUUAGCCCUACAUAUUUCGUUUUUGCACAUAAGAAGUCGCAUCGGGAACAUAGGGAAGGGAUCUCUGAUCCAAAAUCCUGAUUAUAUAGGGUUAGAACUUGUCAGCGAUCUCCCAAAUUUUUGCCGGAAAGACAGAGAAAUUCUCCAUAACAUUUUUGCCCAACACCGCUAAAAGGGAAAAUGGACACAGCUAAAUUGGCUGAAUUUCAUAUCAUUCCACAAAUUCCCUUUGCACAAAGCUUCACAAUUACCCGAAAUUGCAUUAUUAUCCCUAUUUCGAGAAACAUGACAGAAAACUUUUAAAAAAUGCAACGCGUAAACACCAGUUUGACAAAAGAUUUUGAUUUUAUAAAAGCACCUCGACGAGAUGCUUGUAAAACACAAAAUAUUUCUUGUGUAAUGUAUAAAUUAUUUUGUGCAAAAUUACAAUUCUCCUAUAAAAAUCUUUUGUGGAGACGUUCUCACAAGAUUGUCAAAAGAUUGACACAAAAAAUCUUUUGUCUUUUGUCUAAAAUUGCAUUAAACGUCAAAAUUUUUAAGUUUUUCAAAAUAUUUCACCUAUUAUUGUACCUAAAAUUGCAAAAAUUUCUUUUGUGGAGAGAUUGACAAAAGUUUUAGAGAAAUAUUUUGUGCAAAAUUACAUUUAAUGUCAAAAUAUUUUGUAUUUUCAAAAUAUUUUGUUUUUUAUUUUGUCCAAAAUUGCUCCCAUAAUUAACAAAAAAAAAACCCAUAAAGUUUAUUGCCUAAUAAAUAAGAAGCACUUCGUAAAUUUAGACUUGACUUUCUAUUAUAAUUAAACACAAAUUGAAGUUUUGCGCAUAGGAAAAUACCAAAAAAAAACUUUAAAAAGAGAAAAUGUAAUGAUAGAAAAUCUUUGAAAUAAAUAAAUAAAUAUAUAGGCAAGUUUUCAGGAACUUCCAAGUGAAUGACAAAAAAAUGAAAAUAAGACAAUUUUUAUUCAAUAAAAAGAGACAAAAAAAAUGGUUGAAUAGAUUUAUUUAAAGUUGUAUUUCUGUUUUGCCUUUAAAUGUUUUCCAAAAAUAAAAUGAUUUAUCAAUAAAA